AUGCCUUCGCUAUCUCGAUUGUCCGCGGCUGCUUUGUCGGUGAUAGCCGGAGGUGUAUACUAUUCCCGAUUAGAAAAAUGGCCGUUUGGUUCGAGAAAUGAUGCAUUGAGAAGCAUGCUUCUCCUGAAUACUGCAGAAUGCGCGGAAAUCAGUACAUCCGCCUCAUUUCCUUACGUACAUUCUUUUCGACAAAGUAAAUGGGACUAUAACUGGGAUUACCGGGAACCGAAAUAUAUGGUGAAUCCCACAGAAUAUGAAGAAGCUGAUCCUGCCAGCCGCCAAAAGAUGUUGAAUCAAGUAACACCAAUCUCGAAACGAAAUAUUAUUCUCAUAAGACAUGGACAGUAUUUCACGGAUCACAAAGACAAAAAUUAUCUCAGCUUGACGCCUUUAGGGCGAGAGCAAGCGAAGUUUGUGGGUCAACGUUUAGCCAAUAGUGGUUUAAAGUUCAAUAGUGUGAUUAUGUCGACAAUGACGAGAGCGGAAGAAACGGCUAAAUUAAUCCUAGAUGAGUUAUCACCAACUUCAGCAAAAAGCGAUCCAUUAUUGGAGGAAGGAGCACCUUUCCCACCCGAACCACCUAGCAAACAUUGGCAUCCUAAGCAAAAAGGGUCGCGCAUUGAGGCAGCUUUCCGGAAGUACAUACAUCGUGCUAGCUGGAAACAAAAAGACGAUAGCUGGGAAUUGAUUGUGUGCCAUGGGAAUGUAAUACGGUAUUUUGUUUGCAGGGCGCUGCAGUUUCCUCCCGAAGGUUGGCUGCGAAUGUCAGUUGGUCAUUGUUCGAUAACUUGGCUAGUUAUAUAUCCAGAUGGUUUCGUGUCUGUGAGAUCCCUUGGCGAUAUCGGUCAUUUACCUAUUGGAAAGGAAAUGCAAAAUUUAAAUGUAUCACGUUUGCCAUAA